AUGACUAGAAACAAAGUGAACUAUGCUUUCAUUGAAGAUGAUAGUAAAAGAAAAAUCUCAUAUAAUAAAAGACUGAAUGGGCUCUUGAAAAAAUCUGAUGAACUAAAAACACUUUGUGAUGUUGAAGUGGCUACAGUCAUAUAUGGCACUUAUAGAAAUGAACCAUAUACAUUUCCAAAUAAUGAUGUUGUACGCAACGCUUUUAUAAAGUUUAAGGAGUUGCCGACAUUGGAUAGAUCUAAAAACAUGGUGACAAGAGAAGAGUUCACCAUGCAAAGGAUCAAGAAGUUGGAGGAACAACUUCAAAAGGUAAGAAAGGAAAAUAGGGUCAAGGAAAUGACAAAUGAAAUGUAUGAGGUGUUCAAGGGAAAAACUGUUUCUGUUGACAUGAACCCUUCCUAUCUCAACGACCUACGUUGUGUAAUCAAGAAGAAUCUCAAACAAGUACGUGAACUAAUGAUAAAAGAGGCUAAUGGAGAGGGUUCUACAUCGAAUGCCCCUCAACCCAUUGUUGAACAACUCUGA